AUUCCUCCUACACCACGGCUAAUUCCCUCUUCCGCCAGAGCAGCACCCCCACUCCCACUCCCAGUUACAAAACCCAAAACGUAACAACAGCGCAGUACCAUAGCCACCACUGUAUCAUGUCAACUGCGUCAAGAAGAACCAAAUGGCAUCCAACUCCGCCGCCGCCGCCCAGCCCCAAGAUCCUCCACUUCCCCCGCAGCCGCAGGACCCGCCGCAAGCAGUCCAAGCCCACCACCCACCACCACAAUAACCCAUUGCUAGUCAUGCACCAAAAGUAUCUGUCUUACAAGGGGAAGCUGGAGAACUUGUUUGAUCAAGGAAAUAAAGACUCGCCUUCGACGUUGGAGUUGUUGGAGCCUAACUCAAACUCGAAAGUAUCGGCCGGCGGCGGUGGUUUUGAGGAGGAGAAGUGGAGGUUUCAAGCGGAGAUAUUGAGGGCGGAGUGUAAUUUCUUGAGAAUGGAAAGAGAGUUUGCUUUGAAGAAGUUGGAGAGGAAUAGAGCUAAGAUGGAGAGGACCCUGAGAUCAGCUGUUCAGACGCUUGUCUCUGGAAGAAAGAAGAUUUUUGAAGGAAAGAACGUGAAUGCAGUGCUGGAGGAAGAGAUUGAAGACUUAGCAGAAAAGUUAGAAGAAUUGCAGAAGAGCUCAAGAAGCAAAGAUGAUGAAGUUGGAAACUGCAGCAAUUUUGACAAGAAAGCUUCCGUUUUGCAGCGUCGACUAGAUAAACUCGGAGGAUUAUCCGAUGAAAAUAGUAGGAAGGAGCUGCAAGAACUUGCUGAAUCAAGCUGGCCCAUCAAUAACACGAACCAUGACAUCAGCAUCCGCAAUGGGAAAACCGGCAAUAAGUCCAAUAAUGGUGAUAUGCUGAGGAAGAAAAUGGAGGCAUUGUCAAAGGGAAUGUUAGAAAGAGUGGAGCAAGAGUAUGGUUCAAUUCUUACAAACAGUUCUGUUGCCAGCUCUGCUUCUACUUCCAAGAGAAUUGAUUGUCCUGAACUCUCUAGUUUCCCAACCAGACAGUUUUAUCAGGAAUCAAUGUUGCAUGAGAACAAAUGCUCGGGACGUUGCAAGGCCAUUGUUCGUAGAAUAGUGGAGCAGGUGAGGGCCGAGACGGAGCAAUGGUCCCAAAUGCAAGAAAUGCUGGGGCAGGUGCGUGGAGAGAUGGAAGAACUUCAGGCGUCUCGUGAUUUCUGGGAAAUUCAAGCGCACAAUUCAGAACACGAGAUUCAAUCCCUUAAGCAAGCUGUGGAAGAAUGGAAAGAGAUGGCUCUUGGUCAUCAAAACAAGGUGGACAAACUGCAGCUCGAACUAUCUGCACUCAAAGAGGAGAUUCAAAAGACGAAAGCAGGUCUAAAACCGAGCCAAAACAGGGAGCCACCGCUUAAAGUUAAUCCGGAUGCACCUGCACCGGUGCCUCUUGGGAAACAACUCGAAAAGGAAAAGCUCAUUUUGAGUUGUCGUUUGAAGAAAAACAGGCACAAUGAUGAAAACAGGUGCAAACUUGACGAGUUCAACGCAGAUGGAAACAAGGAACAAGCAUCAAACAAAGAUUUACCACCUCUUUCAUUGGGCAAACAACUUGCAAAGGAGAAGAGAAUGCUUCUUCGUUGUUUGAAGGAAAGCCACGAUGCUAGUGAGAAAGGCAGCAUCGUGGCCGAUGGAAGGAGAGCCCUGUACUCAAACAGCGUUAGGAUCAUAGCCACGGAGCGUUCUCCGUUAAGGGAUAUUGGAAAUUCUUCACCCUUGGCAAGGCAGCACAGUAGAUCAGCUUUUCCUUUUCAUAGCCCUGAGAGCUCCAGAACAAGAGAAAGCUUCAGGAAGUGAUUCUGGACUAUUAAGAAGAGAUCAUCUUCUACAUAUACUUAAGUUUUUUUAUCCUAUGAAUUUUCUUUACUAGUGGAGAUUUAGUCCAGUUUUGUCCCACUGGGAGUUUUUUUAGAUCAAAUGGUGAAUAAUGAAGUUCAUGAUCUUACACACCAAGAAAAUCUAA